AUGGGAUUGUUUGCCCAAGAACUUCUUUCAACCUUCGGAAAUGACAUUGGAGAAGUAGCUCUUCAACCUAGUACUGGUGGUGUGUUUAUUGUUGAAUUAUUUACAAAUGCGAAUGCUACUAGUAAUACGGGAGGAGAAGCUGAAAAGAAUGAGAAGGAAGGAGAGAAAGAGGUGAAGAUAUUGAAACAUACACUUUGGAAUCGGAAGAGUGAGGGUGGAUUUCCUGAAACCAAGGAAUUAAAAAGGAGACUUAGAAAUAUUAUUGAUCCAUCAAGGGAUUUAGGCCAUGUUGAUGGAAAGAAAUCAACCACAACGAUGACUCCUAAUUCAUCCAUUACUCCUCAUGGUAGUAGCUCCACUUUCACCGGAGAAUCAACUGAGGAGAAGGGGAAAGAAGAAAAGGCAAAGGAAACAGAAACAAAGACAGAGACGAAGGAAAAAGCGAAUAUAGGAGAAGAGAAACUAGAUGAGGAAAAGCAGGAAGGAGAGGAAUUGAGUGAGGAGAAAGUAAAUGAAAGGGGUAAAAUUGUCAUUGCUGGUUUAGAAGGAGAAGGUGGGUUUGGUUUUUGUGUGCCGGGUGAAGAUUGUGGUGGGUUUUAG